GGUCAGAAUAAGGUGGUUCGGAUUGCCAAUUACUCAACAUGUUUGCCAAACCUGCUCUAUAAAAUCCACCACAAACCUCACCUCACAACCCCAUCUCACGGUUCCAAUCUGUCUUCUAACUUCUCCAAAUUUUGGCCAUCUCCUUCAUCUUAACCCAAGUUUUCAUGGCAACACAAAGAGAGCACCCCCAUCCCGGGCCCAUAAAACGUUCUGUAUUGGUAAUGAAACCUGGAGAACAUCGUGCCGAUAAUGUGUGGAAAACUGAAGAGUCGAGAGACCUAAAAUUGAGGUGCAUUACUUACCCCAAAUCCGCCAAAGAUGAUGGCGAACGUGAUCCUAGAGUCGUACAACUGCUGAGGGCAUCAGGCUUUCAAGGAGCUGAACGAGUAGUACAAAUCAAAAUUGAUCACGGUCUUAUCACUGCAUUGGUUGAGAGGUGGAGACUUGAAACACAUUCUUUCCAUUUACCUUUUGGCGAGGUCGGCAUUACCUUGCAAGAUGUACAGGUGCUGCUGGGGUUACCGAUUGAUGGUCUCCCACUUACUGGUCCGACGGCACAUAGUAAGACUGAAUGGGUCCAAAUGUGUGAUGAUCAUCUUGGUUUCAGACCAUUUGGAAAAGAUAUACUUCCUCCGUUCUUUUUUAGUUGCAACGGUCAACAUUUCACACUUGCCAAUGCACAUCUUUGACCUUAAUUAUAUCUUAAUCCCU